UAGACAGAAACUCAUUUGUUACUGAAAGAGUGACAUGUAAACACUAGAUAUUUUGUUGAAAAAUUCUUGAGUCACAUGGUUUUUCGCUGAAAUCCGUUUGUUAUGGUACAAUAGUUGUUGUCUAUGAAUAGUGGAAGUUUGUUUUUGAGUUUUUCGAUGGUGGUUAUUUUUUUCGCUUUUCGGGUAUCGCGUUAACCUUGCCGGGUCUUCUUAAAAUUUUGUGCGAUGUGAGAAAAUUAUUUUUGAGAAAAGCCUGAGAUGAAUUUCGAGGUUUUUUGAGAAAUGUGAAGAAGUAUGGAGUGUGGCGUCCAAAGUGCAAUGCUGAGUGUACCUCCUGUCGGUGAAAGUGGAGUACAGCAGUCGCUGCCUGCCGUCUACUCGCCUACUGAUGCAGAUCAAGCACAAUUCGAAGCCGACAAGAGAGCCGUCUAUAAGCAUCCACUCUUUCCUCUUCUAGCUCUUCUGUUCGAAAGAUGCGAACUUGCAACCCAAUCUUCCGAUACCCAAUCUAGUGACGCUUUCAAUUUAGAUAUUCAAGCAUUCGUGCAACACCAGGAACGUGAUAGAAAACCAUUUUUGGCGAACGAACCCGAAAUUGAUGGACUGAUGAUAAAAGCAAUACAGGUGUUAAGGAUACACCUAUUAGAAUUAGAAAAAGUUCAAGAAUUAUGUAAGGAUUUCUGCAAUAGGUAUAUAACAUGUCUAAAGGGAAAGAUGCAAUCGGAAAAUCUAUUGCGCUCGGAUUAUCCACAGGAUGUUUUAGGAACUGGCUUGAUGAACAGCAUGGAAAAUAAUAAUAAUAUGAUGUCACAUGGUAAUUCAGAAAGCGGGUCCGCAUCAAAUAGUCCAGUGCAAUAUUCUAUCAGUCCUCCACAACCAGUCCUCCCCAAUCCAGGUAUGAUAGAACGGCCCCUAGAUACCCCAUCCGCUUACCCUAUGCCCCCGUAUGUGGGUAGUAGCGGACCCACGCCACCUCUACCGCCUUCCCAACCUCCCCCGCCACAAGAGAAUCUCAUCAUCCACGGUUCGACGCCUCUUGGUCAGAUCGGAGCCAAUUUGUGUUCGUCGGUAGCACCCAGUGAAAGUUCAGGGGGGCCCCUAUCUCCCGCACCAACUACUCCAGGUGGUUCGGCGGACGACUGUGAUAGCGAUUUUAAUUCUAGAGGUGGAAGAAAGCAGAAGAGGGGAGUGUUGCCCAAACAUGCGACCAGUGUGAUGAGGUCGUGGUUGUUCCAACAUCUUGUGCAUCCAUACCCAACGGAAGACGAGAAACGCCAUAUAGCAGCCCAAACCAACCUUACACUGCUUCAAGUCAAUAAUUGGUUCAUUAACGCCAGGCGCAGAAUACUGCAACCCAUGUUAGAUGCAACCACGCCUUCUGAGACCAACAGCGCCACCAAUUCGCCCAGUCACAAGAAAAAGAAAAGUCAUAAUAAUAACAGGAGGUUUUGGCCUCAAGAUUUCGCCAAUAUGCCGGCCCAAUUAGAAACUAGCGGUAUAUUAUCAAGUUCUGACGAUGAAGGCGAUUCGUACAGUAGCGAUGGAGAGGAAGGUAGUUUAGUCAUAGACGCCAAUGCUCAGAGUGGAGAAGUUAACCAACAGAACGGGCACCCUGUAGAUGUUUUAGGUUAUAAUAAUAGUCCGAACGCCGACAGGCAGUGAAAACAACCAAAAUAUUGAUGUUCCUUGAUGAUAAGCUUGUAGGCGGAGGUGAAUAUUUUAGAAAUCGUUUGAGUUCAUUUUACAACAGAUGCACCUAUUCACAUACUCCCAAAUUGAAAUGAGCAUUGUUUCAGCUUCUAUUUUAUACUAGCAGCAUAACUAUUUAAUUAUUUAAUCGCAAACUAGUCCAGAAUUAUUGAUAAGACGAUGUUGAUAACUUGAACCAAAGCAGUGUGAAUUUAUGAAUUAAACUGCAGAAUGUAUCGUUGAUUGUUUUUCCACUUGAUUCCAUUACGUUGCUCCUAAUGCAACACGUGCAAUGCUCAUUUCAAUCUUACGAUAAUUAUUCGUAAACUCGAAAAAAAAUAUAUAUAAAUAUUCAAAUACAAAAAUAAUUUUAAUAUUUGAAUUGAUAUUGGUAACUUGAAAAUAUUAUCGUAGAGUUAAUAGCAGCAGAAAGGAUGAAAGGAAAUGAAAAUUUUCCUAGGAAAUCAGUAAUUUUGAACAUUGUAUACUGAAUUCGCUCAGCCGAGAUUCAUUUUGACACAUUCGGAAUAGGAAACAUACAUCACAAAAAUUCCUACCUCACACUAUUAACUGCUCAAAUCAACUUAAUUUUUCAUUAAAAAAAGAAGAAUUAUUGACAACAGUGGGAGUCGAUGGCGCCCAAAAACUCGACAACCAAAAUCCCGACGGCCAAAACACCGACACGCCAGAAUCCCGAAAUGCAACAAUCCUCGCAUAAGCAAAAAUCCCGACCCCUACAUUUUGAAUAUUUAUUGUUUCAUUUUCAAAUGCAAUACCAAAUCAUAUUAUAUAUAUAGUAUGGGUAUGAGUAUUGAAAUAGAAAAAUUAAUUACUUACUAAUUAGUAUGGGUACUAAUUAUUAUGUAUUUUAAAAGAAAAAAAAAAGAAUGUGUGUGUACUUUGUACACACGUAAGAAGUUAUACUUCUAUUAUAUAAUUUCAACGAAAUAAAUAUACUUAACAGUUACAAUACAAAAAAUUAACAAUAAUUACCAAAAAUUAACCAAAACUUAACAAUGCCAAAUAUUAAAAAAAAAGAAAAAAGUAUGAAUCGUCCGGGAUUUGAACCCGCAAUCUCGCGAUUUCUCGAUCUCUGGUCCAAUGCUCUACCAACCAGGCCAUCAAGGCGCAUGUUACUGAUGUUUCUGAUAUACAUAAUUACACAUCACGGUGACAAGUAAAAUAUAAAAAUAGAUGUUUUAUUAUUUUACGUCCAAGGAAGACAAAUCCAAAGACACAAAAUUAUAAUAAAUAAUACAUUUACUAAAAAACACUAAUAUAUUAUUUUAAUGGCUUAUUUGGGCUGAUACGUAAUUUGAAAGAUUAGCAACUAAACGUCAUACUGUCUGUGUGCGCAUGCGCGCAGAUUUAUGAAAAAUUUUACUCUCAAUCGCGCCUAAAGAAGUAUAACUUCAAAAAUUAUUAAACACUUCAUUUUAUAAUAUAAAAGCUAUAGUUACUGAAAUGGAAGGUUGUAAGUGACUAUUAUUUGAAAGUAAACUUAAAUUCAGGAUUUGAUUAUACAUAUAUUAUUGGACUAUAUAUUGGCAAAAAGAAUAAUUUAAUUCAUAUACCCAUGUUAGAAAUUUUAUUUAGAAAAUUAGUUCAUAUUAAAUGGUAAAUACUUUUGUUUAGUAACAAAAAAUAAAAAACAGUUGGCCAUAAACAAAAAACCAGAAGUAAAUGUAAUUAUGUGUUAACCCUGGAAUGUUCUCUGGGGUACACUUGUACCCCAACCUUGUUUGUAAGUUACACCAAUUUGCAGUAAUGGGUGUGGAAAAUAUGAAAAUAAACUUGUGGAUAAUAAUAUAAUAAAUAAUUUUUGUAUACAAAACAAAUUCUUAACAUGUUAUCUUAAGAUUGUUUUUGUCAUAAGUUCUUAAAACAUACAUAUUAUAUAAAUGUUUUAGGUCGAUUUUAUUUGGGGUACCACUGUAUCCCGAUGUAGCAGAUUGAGUUUAGAAAAUAAGUGUAACAAUCCAGGGUUAAAAAGAAACUUAUCAAACCUGUCGGGAUUCUGGCGUGUUGGGAUUUUGGCUGUCGGGAUUUUGGGGUAAACCCGUGGGAGUGUAUACUAAACUCAUAAAAUUUUGUGGAAUUUAUUUCUACAAAAUAUUUUUAUUUUGAACAAUAAAUAAUUUUCUCAUUUGUUAUCAACACAUUCUUCUUCUUCUACGGCACUACAGCCCAAAUUGAGCCUUGGCCUCCUUUAUUUUUUGCCUCCACCCUUGCUUGUCUGUGGCUGCUCUUCUCCAUACACGGACUCCUAAAAGGGUUUGUGCGUCGCUGUUUACUGUGUCUUCCCAGCGUUUUCUUGGCUUUCCAACCGGUCUCUUUCCCUACAUUCUAGCUUUCAGUGCUCUUUUUGGUAGCCUAUCCUCUCCCAUUCUUAUCACAUGUCCGGCCCAUUGCAAUCUUUGUAUUCUAAUGAAGUUCAUAUAUCAACACAUUAUAAUGGUGUAAAUAAAUAAUUACUGAUUGGCGUAAAGUUUGUGCUAUUUAUGUCUGUUUACUAUUAUUGGCUAUGAGCAGGUAUGUUCGGUUGUGUAGUAAUUUCCAGUCACGUCUAGCAAUCUAACUUCCCAAAAAAGAAAUUACCAACGUCACUAGACAGUUGUGUCUCGGCUGAGCGAAUUCAGUUUACCAAGCCAUCGUAAAGUUAUAAUGGUUGCAAUACUGUAUUUUAAAUUUUGAAACCAGUUAACGAUUACUUGUGCUCAAUCUGGAUCUUUGAUCGGGUCUCCCUUUAAUGAAACUACUAUAUUUUUGGGAAUAGAUCACUUGCAAUAAAGCGCCUUAUGUCGUCCGACCAUCUUGAAGAACAUCUUCGGUCUUCGAUUACGAUAAGCUACGUGUCUAGGUCUCCAUUCUAAAAUUUUCUUGGUUCAUCUUCCAUCUCUAAUUCUGUCGACAUGGCCUGUCCAGUUUCAUUUUUUUUUUCUUUUUUCGCUUGGACUAUGGUCAUUCAGCCAGUCUCAAUCAAAAGUAAAUGUAUUAAAGAUAUUGCCAAUUAGUGAAACUUGGUUAUUAUAAUAUUAUUACAAUUUUUUACUUCUUAUUUACCUACUCAUUACAGCUAAUGUACAUACUAUGUUAAAAAAUAUAAAUAUAUUAUACUACUUAAUGUUUAUCAAGAACACAUAGUGUAUACAUUUUACAAAUAAAAAUAUGAAUAUUAAUAUUAAAAUAAAUUCAUUCUUUUUUGUAUUUUAUUUUAGUUUUUUUUUGUUUUGUUUUUUGUUGUUUUUUUUUUUGUCACUACGAUAGGAUGUCAACCCGGUUGUCCAGUUUCAUUUCAGCUUUGUAAUAAUUAUUCUUUUAGCUACAUCCGUAACACCAGUUUUUCUCCUACCUAUUUGAUUUGGAACUAGUCUGUGGGGGAUAUAUUCAACAUUAACCUCUUCCUUGAUCUCUGUGCUGCUGGUAUUUUAUUUAUUACUUUUCUUGUAAAUGCCAGCGGGUCUGCUCCGUACGUUAGAACCGGAAGCACACACUGAUCAAAGACGUCAAAAUAAUAAGGGCUUGCGGCUUGAAACGAAAACGACAAUAGACUACCCCAGCUAAUUGAAAAUAAUAUUUCAACCAACUAAGAUAGCUAUCGUUCACCCUAGCCUAGCUCAGUCACUCAGGUGUGUGUUCGUCUUGUCCUAAUCUUAGAAUAUGAACUCUGAAAAUUUAGAAUGGAAGCAAACAAAACAGUAUUUUUAACUAAUCAUGUUUAUUUGUUCAAUAAAGAUAUAAUAAAAAUAUGACAUAAAUGCAUUAACAGAUUCAAAUUAUUGCCAAAAACUAGCAAUUCUGGAUUAUACUUAUGGCUUUUGGUAUCUGGUUCGCUGGUAACUUCUUGAUGUCGAAUGGUACUGCUGUAGACUUCUUGUAGACCUGGGCAGAUGUUCGGCCCUAGGGCCCUGCAGCGGGAGAUGGUAGUCGUUGCAGUCUAUCUAGAUGUCAUGUUGUCUUCGCCUUAUUAGCAGCAUCACCGGUGAUGUUGACGGCUUGAGGCUCCCGAAGGGAGAAAAGUUGAUUUAUUCCGAAAAACUAUAAGAGUAAAACACAUAUCAAACAUCAAGAAGAAAAACCAAAAAC